AUGCCUCCUCCUCCUUCUCCUCCUUCUCCUCCGCCUCCUUCUCCGCAAACUUUCAAUAAUGGAAUCAACAAUGACCACUUCGAGCCGGCGGUGGCAGUGUCCUCGUCAAAAGCCCGCCAAGAGAAGAGAAGGGUCAAGGCAAAACGCGCCCUAAAGACCUUCGCCGUCGUCGUCGGGACGAAUUUGGCCCUCACCAUGGCCAUAAUCCUUCUGUUCGGGUCGGGCAAGAGGUACAAUGCGCGACCCAAGCCUCUGUGGCUUCCCCCUCUCUGGCUCGUGCACGUGGUCUCGCUCGGCUUGUCGUUCUUCAUGGGCCUUGCGAGCUGGCUCGUGUGGGCCGAGGGCGGGUUCGGCGCCCAAUCUGACGCGCUGCCCCUCUACAUCGCCGCCACGUCGCUUGGCAUAGUGUGGGACCCGCUGGUUCUCGUGAUGGGGGCGACUUGGGUCGGGCUGGCCUUUUGCCUCGUGCAUUUGGGGACCCUUGUGGCGUGCAAGCGCGAGUUCGGGAAGGUGAAUCCUCUCGCCGGAGAAAUUGUGGGGCCUUGCGUCGUGUGGGUGGGAUUUCUUGCCAUUAUGACUUUUAGUCUUGCGAUUUCUUAA